AUGCUGCCUCCAAAGAACUGCCUGCCAAGGAACUACAGCUGCAUUGCGGGACUCUUUGGUAGCCUGACAGCAGAAAACCCGCGUCUUGAAGAAGGGGAAGAUUUUGACGUGAUAAACAUCACUUGUGAGCCUGUCGAGUGCCCCGUGGUGGACGAAAGGCCACGGGGCAGGGAGAUCCAUCUGAAGCCGGCACAGAGUCCCACACUGCGGCGGAGAUGCAAGUCGCUCCCCACGCCCACCGAGAGAACAAAGUUAGAGGUCUCUCGCAGCAGAAGUCCAACCAGCCAGAAGAAAGUCCGUUUUGCCGACUCUUUGGGGUUGGAGCUCAUCUCUAUCAGGCAUUUCGAUGAUGCGGAUGAACCUGAUGUGCCAGAGCGCAUUCUCGCUAAACUACACAAAGGCACGAUGCACCUGAACCACUUAGACACGAAGUUCCCAAAACCCGUUACGCAUGCCAUGUUUAUGGAGUUGGAGUUCAAGAAUCCUGGCACUCUCCCUGAUUAUGAGGAGAAAGUGCGAGAGGUGAAGGUCUUACUGGAGUCUGUGGAGGCAGAUGAAUUCAGCUUGUCUGGUUUUGUUCGUGUUUUAAACUUGGCCUUUGAAAAGAGUGUGUCCCUACGCUACUCACUCAAUAAUUGGAUUUCGUUCAUGGACAGUUUGGCUUCAUACGUUCCCAACUCGAGCAACGGCGUCACUGAUAAAUUUUCAUUCAAAAUUGUUAUGCCCACCUACCUGGACAACGGAGGCACGCUGCAGUUUGCUAUUAAAUACUGUGUUGGGGGGCAGGAAUACUGGGAUAAUAAUAAUGGAAACAAUUAUAAGGUGCGACCACGUCGUUUGAAGAUGUCUCCUCCCCGCGAAUGGGAGAAUGGAUGGAUACAUUUUAUCUAA